AUGGCCGGAACGACAGAGGCCUUCUAUCUACAUAGCCUCUCGAUUCGUUCACCGUCCCUGAAGCCUACAUUUCGAACGAUUCGAGAAGAUAGCAAGCUUGCUUUCCAGCCCCACACUCGACCUCUCGUCAGCGAAAUCGUGACUGGUACGCACUCACACGAAUUUUGGCGCAAGGAGCGUACGGCCGAAGAAGUUCGUGCGCACGUGCAAACGUGUCUAGAUGACAUUACCCAACAGACUGACGAUGACGAUACCAGGCCGACAGCCCAUGUAGUCUCGUCCGAACCACCACUAGUGUUGAUCCAUGACUUUCUCUCAACGAGCAUGUGCAAGAAUUUAAUCGACACCGCCACCAGCACGGACAAAAUGAUACGCUCUACCACGGGGUCGGAACAAGAGACUUCCACAAUUCGUACAAGUACGACCGUCUGGCUCAACGACGAGCAAGUUCCGGAAACUUCCCGAAUAAUUGCCGAAAAGAUAUCUUCCAUUUCAGGCUUUCCCGCCAAUCAUAUGGAAAACCUUCAAGUCGUGCGCUACGAGACCGGCCAGUCCUUUAAGCUUCACACGGACACUAUUGAUGCGUACAACGAAAUGGACAAACGUGGCCGCGUAGCCACGUGCCUCAUCUACCUGGCGGCACCGACGAUUGGUGGGGAAACCCUCUUUCCCGAUGUUCACGCUGACAAGGCUAUUCAGAUCCGGAUCGCCCCGCGACAAGGCUCCGCCAUCUUUUUCUGGAACACGCACGAAAAACCUGGAUCUCCCGCAUACGAUGGAGCCGACAUGUUUCUGAAUACCGACUUGCGUAUGCGCCACGCUGGAAUGCCAGUGGAUGGUGGUGAAAAGUGGGUUUGCAAUCGGUGGGUACACCCAGUCGAUUACGGUGUCGGUGUCCGGGGAUUGUAA